UCACGCUUUUUUAAUUUUUAUUUUACCCGCUUAUUUUUAAGAUGGGUGAAAAAAUACUUGCUGAAAUAAUAUCCUCGAGAUGAUGGAACAAAACAUUUAUUUGCUGUUGAUAUGAUCAGCAGCUCUUUUGCAAUUUUACACUUUAGAUUUAUAUUACCUAUAUUUAUAUCACAAUAUGUUAAACUUUUUUCCCGGUGUAUUAAAAUCAAAUCAUAUCAAUUAAUUAACAAGGAAAUAAACUAAAAUGGCAUAAUUUCCAUGUGCAUAAAUAAUUAAUUUCAUUAAUGCACCAGUGAAAGCUCAUAACAGAAAUAGAUGCCUUAUUUCAUUGAAACAUAUCGCUCAAUAAACAACGUAGUAAAAAAAUAACCAGAGUUCAGUGUAGGCUUUAUCUCAGUAUUUUUUUGGUACUUUUCGAAAAAAUUGCUGUUGCGAUAUGAUAUAAUAAAAUAAUGUUUCUUAAAACCUCUAUUUAAUCUUCGAACGCAUUAAAUAUUUAUUCUACAAUCGAAACAAAAGCUAAUUUUAUCUUGAGUUUCAAGAUAAUUUCAAUUCCGGACAUUUACAAUAGUGUAAUAAAAUAUGAUAUAGGGUACGCACCUACUUGUUUUUUUGAUCCAAAGUGCGUGUAAGUGCUUCGGUAAAUCGAUAAACAAAAUCGAGAUAUUAUCUAAUAUGGUGUCUGAAAAUAGGAUCGAAGAUAUUUCGAAUGAACAAAGUAUUUUGCUGAAGGAAGUAGUGCAAAAUGGUAAAACAGAAAGCACGAACGGACCAUCAAAAGAUGAAGAAGAUCAAAUAGAUAUUAUACAAAAAUGUACAGGUGUUUUGGGAAGGUGGCAGUUAUGGUUGUGCUUUAUAAUUUUUCUAGUCAAAUUUGGCGUCUCCUGGCAUCAACUAAGUAUAGUGUUUUUGGCUCCACCAGUCAAUCAUUGGUGUAUUAAUAAUUCUACAGAGAAGUGUUCGGAAAAUUGUUCCAGUUUUGUUUAUGAUACGUCUGUUUUUGAAAGUACAAUUAUUACAGAAUGGGACCUAAUCUGUUCGAAAUCAUAUUUAGUCAAUUUAACACAAACGAUAACAAUGUUGGGAAUUUUAGUUGGCAGCAUGUUGUUUGGUUUUAUGUCUGACAAAUAUGGAAGAAAAAAUCCCUUGGUUUUGUCAGUAACUUUACAAGCAGCUUCUGGAAUAGCGGCGGGUUUUUCGCCAUGGUUUUCAGUAUUCAUGAUCAUGAAAUUUUUGUCGGCAGUUGCAACUGGAGGUACUAUGAUAACAAGUUUUGUACUUAUCAUGGAAAUUGUAGGUACCGAAUGGAGAACAGUUCUUGGUAUCCUCUACCAAAUUCCUUUCAAUCUCGGCCACCUUUUCAUGCCUCUAAUUAGCUACUAUUUUCGCAAUUGGCGACAAUUUCAAAUCAUUAUAUCAGUACCUUCGUUGUUUCUCAUUUCCUACUACUGGCUCUUGCCAGAGUCUCCGAGAUGGCAGCUGGCCGUCGGCAACAAAGAAGCAGCCAUCGCAACUUUAAAAAAAGCAGCCAAAUGUAAUAAACUACCCACCGAAAAAAUAGAGACGGACGUCAGUCUUUACUUAGAAACCAAAGAUCAAACUCAAAAAGAAGUACAUAAAGGAAACAUGAUGGAUUUGUUUAGGACGCCAGUUAUGAGGAUGUACACGAUUGUGAUUGGGUUUAAUUGGUUGGUUUGUGGACUGUGUUUCUUUGGAGUGUCUCAAUUUAUCGGUCAACUUGGUGGGAAUAUAUUUGUCAACGUUGCUAUAUCUGCUAUUAUACAAGUACCCAGUACUCUCUUUGCUUGUUACGCUACCAAAGCUUGGGGAAGAAAGAAGACGCUGUUGGUAGCAAACGCUCUUGCUGGAGUAUCUCUUCUGAUAAUGGGUUUUGUUCCAACAAACCCAUCUUGGAUAAAAACCACUUUAUCGUCAAUAGGAAUGUUUGGUAUGGCUUUAUCCUUCCCAAGUGUUUAUAUAUACUCUGGAGAACUUUUCCCAACAGUAAUAAGAAAUGUUGGUGUAGGAUUCUCUUCCAUGUGUGCUAGAAUUGGAUCUAUGAUCGCCCCAUUUGUAGCGAGUCUAAAUUCGUCUGGAACUUGGAUUCCGCCAGUUAUUUUUGGAGUAAUAGCUUUAUUAGGUGCAAUUUUGACAUUAAAAUUGCCAGAAACAUUGGACUGUAAGUUACCUGAUACAAUCGAAGAAGCCGAAGCUUUUGAAAUUAGGAAAAAAGUCGGACGAAGAAUGUCAGACGCAUGGAAGAAACGAGGCAGCAUUUUUGAGAAGAAAGAAGGUGUUUAGAAUGAACAAUUUUUACAAAUAAAUAAGUGAAGUGAAUAAUUAUUUCUUCGAUGAAGAUAUAGCUCAGUACUGUAACUGUAGUACCAAAGAUUCAUCAAUAGAAUUAUUGUGCGAAUGAGUUGGUGUGGG